AUUUCGGUGCGCAGAAGCGCAUGUACGUCUUCAUGGAAAGUGUUACUGUUGCUCUAUUUUAACCUAAAUUGGAAUAUGUCGACACUGCUACAUUGAAAAACAUGGUGGCAAACCUGGUAACAUCGUUCCAAUAAGUGGCCUGCUUCCCCAUAGUGAAUGGAUACUUUAAAAAAUCCCACCUAUUCUCCGUCUUCAAGCCGCUUACUUAAAGUUUCAAACAUCGUGCGGCAGAGCAUAGCAUAGAAGUCAAGAAUGCAUGGUGCACCAUAAAUUUGUCAUGAUGCUUAACUAAACACAAGGACAACUUUAAUACCUUCAACGCAACCAAUUAAGAGGAUAAACGGAAAGACGCAAAACGCUCAUGUGAAGACAUGGCAACAACGCUGCAAAAAUUCUACCAGGGGAAAGUUGUGCUUCUCACAGGAGCAAGUGGAUUUUUGGGUAAGAUGCUGCUAAUGAAACUGCUCCUGUCAUGCCCAGACAUCAAAAGGAUAAUUGUGCUCUUAAGAAGAAAGAAUGAAGACAGCUGCUCUGACAGGCUUUCUAAAAUACUAUCAAAUCCAAUAUUCUCUACAGUACCCAAAGACAACUUGCUGAAAGUGGUCCCUGUGGAAGCAGACCUUGAACAGCCAGGACUUGGCCUGUCUAGUGAGAAUCAUGAACUUCUGUUCACAAGUCAAGUGUCUGUGGUAUUUCACGUUGCUGCCAUAGUAAAGUUCCACGAGCCACUCAAUACAGCUAUGAACACAAAUACACUACCUGUUCUUGCUAUACUACAGCUGUGUGAAAAGAUGCCACAGAUCAAGGCGGUGGUUUUCGUGUCUACAGCAUAUUCACAGUGUCCUCAUACGGAAAUUAAGGAAAAAGUGUACCCUAUGGAUGUGGAUAACAGACAGCUUGUUGAAACAACUUCGGAUGGAGAAAGUGGAAUGAAAUUCAGAGGAAGUGAGAAGUGGCCAAAUACCUACACCUACAGCAAAGCUUUAGCAGAAGACAUGAUUAAACAAAAUAAUAAGCGCUUGCCAGUGGCUAUUUUCAGGCCUUCAAUGGUGAUUAAUGCCUGGAAGGAACCAAACCCUGGAUGGAUUGACAACAUUCAGACCAUAACCAUCAUUCUUUAUAAUGCAUAUCUUGGGCAUACUCGAGUUGGUCUGUUUGACCUCCAAAAAGUUUGUGACCUAGUACCAGUGGACAUGUGUGUGAACGCUAUGAUUGCAACUGCUUGGGAAACAGCAGAGUCUAGCCACAGUGGCCAUACCAAGGUGUACAACUUUGUGUCAGGUGCGCAGAAUCCCAUCUCUUGGAAACAAUACUGGUCAAUUUGUGGUCAGACAAUCAUUCAAUAUCCAACAUCCCACGCAAAAUGGUACUAUUGCUUUGUAACAACCAGCCUGUGGCCUGUUUACUUAAUUCUCUGGUUCUGUUUGGAGCUGAUACCUGCUUCUCUGGCACACGUCUUGUGUUACUGUUCAUCAGGAUCAAACAGGGACAUCAAACAUGCACUUAGGUCAUUGAGGUUCACCAUGGCAGUCAAGUACUUCAGUGGAAGAGAUUGGCUGUAUCACGACACAAAUCUGAGAUCUCUGCUUGCAAAAUUGACACCUGAAGACCGUGUAAUAUUCAAUUUUGACAUCAAGCAAGUAAACUGGAAUGAAUACCUUGGAAGUUGUGUGAAAGGGUUGCGACAGUAUGUACUAAAGGACCAGAUCAACACACUGCCAAUUGCUAGGAAACUCAGCCAACUGUUAUAUGCUUUACACUGUGCACUGCAGAGCUGCUUUUUGUACCUGUGCUACAGACUGGUAUGGUAUUUUGCAGUUGAAUGAGAAAUGAUCUGUACUUAAACCUUGCGCUAAAUAGUCUGAGGCAUUCUGAAGAGGAGGAAUAAACAUACAAAAAGCAAAUUUUGAGACAAAGCUCUCCAAAAUUUGUGAAGAUAUAAAUCACUAAAUCUAUAUAUCUAUAAAGAUAUAAAUCAACUGUAUUUUCUUUUGUUUUCAUUUAAUGCAUUCCUAUCUUCAUUUGGUUCUCAUGAAAAAGGGCAGAUAACUAGACAUAAAUCACAGCUAACUAAAAAUAACUAUUCCCUUGCAAUAACAAUUUACAGUAAUGACCCACAAAUUAAACAAUACAUUUUAGAAAUUAUCAUGAAAUUAGGAAAAGCAUCUCCCUAUGAUCUCAUUAUAACGUGUUUCGAAGAGUUACAUUAGGACAUUUGGUUUGUAUUGGAAGGCAACAAAUGGCAGUAUUGCUCUGUCUGUUGUGUGACUUGUGUGUUUAUUGUAAAACUGAUUUUGCUGUCACUUAACUGUUUUUAUACUAAUAAGUAUUUUAUUAUGACGAAUUUAUUAAUAAAUAUAAUAUUAACACUG